AUGGCUUCAACAGCUUAUGGUGGUGGCCUUUUGUGCAAAAGUAGAGUUUCUUCUUUGAUGAGUAUCUCUUCUUUUCCUUUGAUGCAACCUAGAAUCAGACCAGAAAUAACUUACUCCCAGAGACAUCUCAGAGUCGGAACUUCCUCUCUCCUAAGGAAUGUAUCCCACAACAUGAGCAUGAAGAAAGUUCCACGUAUGAUCACCAGAGCUAGCUCAGAACCGAGUGGCAGUAGCGAUGGAGCUCUUGGCCAGGAUAAGACACCAUUUGGAUAUACGAGAAAGGAUGUUCUAUUGAUCGGACUUGGAGUUACCCUUCUAGGGGUUGGCUUAAAGAGUGGAUUGGAGUACUUGGGGUUUGACCCUUUACAAGCUGGAAAUGUAGUUCAAUUAGUCCUGGUCUUGGGUCUAACAGUUGGAUGGAUCUCAACAUACAUCUUCCGGGUUUCAAACAAGGAAAUGACAUAUGCUCAACAAUUACGAGACUAUGAAAGCAAAGUCAUGGAGAAACGGUUAGAGAGCUUAACAGAAGCAGAGUUACAAGUAUUGCUUGAGCAGGUUGAAGAAGAGAAGACCCGCCUGACUAGUGGCGAAGAGGUCAAAUAGAUAUUUGUUUUCCUCAUGGCCCUCAUCCUUUCAUGCCUACGUAUCGUUGGACCUUGUUAUCCAUGGAAAAUGCUCUAGACCACAAUGAAGGCUGUACAAUAGUCAAUAUAUGUUUGCCCUAACAUUUGAUGAUCAUAUCCAACUUGAUAAACAAUUCUGGAAUGAAAAAGGUUCCCCUAGGUGGGGAGUUCAUGUUCUGUAAAUUGUUUAGGAUUAUAUAGAAAAAUACAUGAUAUACGAACUAUUAU